AUGCCACCAAAGUUAGACAUUAAUAAAUCUGGCUGGGAAAGUGCAGAAUUUCCAGCAAUUUGUGAAUCAUGUCUUGGGCCAAAUCCAUAUGUUCGGAUGACUAAGAGGGAAUAUGGAAAAGAAUGCAAGAUAUGUACACGCCCUUUUACAGUAUUUUCAUGGCAUCCUGGAAAAGAAUCAAGAUAUAAAAAAACAGAGAUAUGUUUAACAUGUUCUCGUAUAAAGAAUUGUUGUCAGAAUUGUCUAUUAGACCUUCAAUUUGGUUUACCUAUCCAGGUUCGUGAUGCUGCUCUCAAGCUUGUUAAUCAAGGUCCUCAAAGUGAUAUAAAUCGGGAAUACUAUGCACAAAAUAAUGAAGGAAAGUGGAAAGAUGGAAAUACCCCAUGUGAAUUUGGGAAAGUAGAUUCAGCAGCUCGUGAGCUUCUUAAAAAACUAGCCCGAAGUGAGCCAUAUUAUAAAAAACAGAUUCACAUGGCAAAAAAUCCAGAGCUUUCCAACAUAUCUAAUCAUUCAACGGAUUCUUCUGCGCCUGUAUUUGGAAGAAGCAUUUCUCAUAUUACGAGUAAUCAAUUAGUUCCCCCUCAAGACAAAAAAAUUACAUCACUUUUUAUUAUAGGAAUAGAAGAUGACCUUCCAGAACAUGCAAUACGUGUCUAUUUUGAAAAGUAUGGUCCUAUAAAGUCUCUUGUUUGCAGUCAUCGUUCUAGAUGUGCUUUUGUUAAUUUUACUACUCGUGUAGCAGCAGAAACAGCAGCAAAAGCAUGUCGUAAUGGAGAUAUUCUUAUUAAUGGUUGUCCCUUAAAAGUUCAAUGGGGCAGGCCUCGUCCACUUGGAGGGUAUAAUCAGGAACAACAAAAUGCAAAAAUGUCACGAUUUGUUAUGAGUCAAUCACAGUUUGCAACUCAAAAUCCUGGAGAAGAAAGUCAUGCAACAUCCGAAAUCAAAAAACCAGAAGAUACUGUUUUAGAGCUUCCUCCUGGACAAGAUGGGGAUAUAGCUUAUCAAUCAAUGCACCCAUAUUAUCAAACAUAAUAAACUUAAUUAUAGAAAAUUAGGUUUCGUUUACUAUAUAGAUCAAAUU